AUGGCCUAUAACCUUCGUUGGGGAAUUCUCGGUAGGUUUGAUCAGAUCAUAGAUCUGUUGUUGGCACCGAGUGAAAGAGGAGUUACGGAUGUCGCCCACACCGUUGUCGCUGUCGCUUCUUCUUCUUCCAAAUCUUCAGCCGAUUCGUUUGUUCAAAGAUUACAAAUUCCUGGACCGUGUGCGACAUAUGGAUCUUACAAGGAGGCCGUCAAUGACCACAAUGUUCAAGCGAUAUACGUGGCUAGUCCACAUUCGCACCAUUUUCAACACGCGAUGCUAGCGCUGGAAGCUGGAAAGCAUGUCCUAUGUGAGAAGGCCUUCACUGUGAAUGCAGCCCAAGCAAAGAUCCUUUGUGAAACUGCCCAAAAGAAAGGCCUUUUCCUUAUGGAAGCUGUCUGGACUCGGUACUUUCCUCUCAGCAUCCAAGUCCGACACCUGGUGCAGUCUGGAGCGGUUGGAGAGGUUCUGCGUGUGGUCUCUGACUUGAGCAUUGGAGAAGAGCCCGAGACUGCUUGGAGCAACAGCCAUCGCAUGAUCAAUAAGGAUCUGGCAGGUGGCGCAUUACUUGACCUGGGCGUAUAUGCGCUGACUUGGGUCUUCCAAAUUCUUUACCACACCUUGCCUCCCGCUCAGCGUAAAGCACCAUCCCAAAUCACAUCUCACAUGUCCAAGUACACUGCGACUGGGUCAGAUGAAGAGGCCACUAUGAUUUUGACAUUUCCGACUACAACGCCAUCCGCACUCCCCAAUCGCACCUCACAUGCCGUGGCAAUGACAGCCUUCCGAGUAGCCACGGACCCAGAUAAUCGUGGAUCCGCUGGUCCGUCAAUCCAAAUCCAGGGAACCGAGGGACAUAUUCUGAUCUUUGGACCUGCCUUUCGCCCGGAGCGAUACCGAGUGGUGCUGAAGAGUGAGCCAAACGAGACAGCGACUGUCCGAGAUAUUCAUGUGCCUGUCCCUGGAAAUGCACGUGGAAUGUUCUGGGAGGCUGAUGAAGUCGCUCGUUGUGUGCGUGAUGGCAAACUUGAGAGCGAAACCCUUCCUUGGAAAGAGAGUAUUCUCAUCAUGGAAGUGAUGGAUAAAGUGCGUCAACAAGGAGAAUUGGUUUACCCGGAUAACAUAGAAUCGACCAUUCAUCCGCUUGAUCUUUGA